GCGCAGUGAGAGCAUUUGCAGCAGCCUGGGCGGGCUAAAAGAGGGUGUUGCGCCGCCCGCCUGUCAUCCAACGGGGGCACAGCAGCACCAAAGCCAGAGAUGGAGCCUGAGUCAGGGUCCAACUAUGUAUCGGGGUCUCCCGGGUGUCUGACUUCGGGGCACAGCUCCCUUUUAAGUCCGCUGCCCCUGUCUCCGGGCGCGCUGCAGUUUGAUGAAGACGAUGAUGAUCUGGAGGUGUUUAGUAAGGACAUGGCACUUACUGAUGGUAAUUCAUUUAGUCCUUUAAUGCUAGCCUCUCCAUCAUCCAUGAUAAAUCAAUAUAAAUUUGAAGAUGAGCCCGAUGUCAAGGAUAUUUUCAUUACUGUUGAUGAGCCAGAAAGCCAUGUAAAUGCAAUUGAAACAUUUAUUACGUACAGAAUUGCUACAAAGACAUCUCGCAGUCAAUUUGACUCAUGUGAGUUUGAAGUCCGGCGGCGGUAUCAAGAUUUCCUGUGGCUUAAAAGUAGACUGGAAGAUGCCCAUCCUACCUUAAUAAUACCUCCCCUUCCAGAGAAAUUCAUAGUUAGAGGAAUGGUUGAACGAUUUACUGAGGAAUUCAUCGAGACUCGAAGAAAAGCUUUACAUAAAUUUUUGAACAGAAUUGCGGAUCACCCAACAUUAACUUUUAAUGAAGACUUCAAGAUUUUCCUCACUGCUCAAGCAUGGGAGUUAACGUCUCACAAGAAACAAGGCCCUGGUCUCUUCAGCAGAAUGGGACAGACUAUCAAGGCUGUGGCUUCGUCUGUGAGGGGUAUUAAAAAUCGGCCUGACGAGUUUACAGAAUUAGGGGAAUACGUUGAUGCUUUCAGUCAAAAAAUAAAUGUACUUGAUAAAAUAUCCCAAAGAAUUUAUAAAGAACAAAAAGACUAUUAUGAGGAAUUGAAGGAGUACGGCCCUGUUUACACUUUGUGGUCUGCAUCUGAGGAAGAACUUGUAGACUCUUUCAAAGGGAUGGCUAGCUGCAUUGAUAAGUGCUGUAAAGUCACAGACACCCUGAAUUUGAAACUCUCAGGAGAAUUAAUUCCAAUCAUUCAUGAGUAUGUUCUGUACAGUGAAACCCUUUCUGGGGUGAUGAAAAGAAGGGACCAAAUUCAGGCUGAAUAUGAUUAUAAAGUGGAAGCUUCAAGCAAUAAAAAGGCAGAUAAUACAGACAAUCUUACAGAAGAGAUCGAGAAACUUGAAGAUAAAGUCGAAUGUGCAAAUAAUGCUCUGAAGGCGGACUGGGAAAGAUGGAAACAAAACAUGCAGACUGAUUUAAAAGGGACUUUUACUGAUAUGGCAGACUACAGGAUAAACCAUUUUGAAGAGUGCCUUGCCUUAUGGGAGUCGUUCCUUUCUUCUCAGACAUGUGAUUUUCAAAUGGACACAAAAGAAGAGGCGAAAUCCUGAAUCACUCCAAUUAAGUGUAUGCUCUACCACACAAUAUUGCUGACUGACCAAAGAUGUGUUUCUUAGCAGAGGCCAUUUUUAAGUUUAAUUAUUUCUAUUCCAUCUGAAGCUAAGUCACUACAAAGGCACUUGCCCAAACCAAGUGUUUUCUUCCAAUCCGAUGAACUGAUGGUUAAUUCAGGGAUCAAGUGUUCAGUUAUCAAGGUAUUCCAUAAUGUUUUAUAUGUGUAAAACAACAGUACGGUAUUUUGAAAGGGCUAUGUAAAUCAUGUAUGUUAUUCUUGAAAUUUUGUAUUUAGUGAAUGUUUUAAAUAUUAUGUAAAACAAAUCCUUUUAAUUAAAACAUAUUUCUUAUACUUCAUGUAAACUUUGUUCUAAAGUAUUUUAUUAUUAUUAUGUGGACAUGUACAUGGAGCAUAUUUCAUUGAUGCAUCAGCCUUACUGGCAUUAUAACUGUGCUCCAUGAGUCUAUAACAUGCCUCUGCACAAAUAUUGUGGUUGCAAUUUCUAUCCAGUGCCCUCAUGGGAUGGAGAAAAAAGUGGUUAGGUAUGCUUUCUAAGGCUGCAUUUAUAAAUGCAAAGGGAAACAACACACACAGAGUAGCAACAAUCUAAGUAAAAUACACUGAAACAGCAAUAUUUCCUUUAAAGAUUAUACACCGAGCCAAAUUGUCUAUAUGGGGCUGUGCCUAGAUGGGCAACCAAUGGAUGGGCAGUUUUUAUUUCUAUGUUUUUUUUUUAAAAGUAUACCUUCUGCACUGAUAUAACAGAGAAUAAAAUGCAAUUUUCAUACACAA